UUUCGUAAAACGGUUCAAAUAUAAAAAACCUCUAAAAAAAUUGAAAAUUAAAUUUCAAAGAAAAGUUCAGAUCCACCAAAAGUCAGCAAAAGAAGAUGUGGUUGAACAAAUCUUAGGGCUUUCUCCGAUUCACACGAAAUUUUACCAUCAACCGAACAAAUCUACGGAAAAAAUUGUAUAUCUUCUGCAGGGAUAGUAUUCACUGCAACUGAAGAAUCGAUUUGCGUUCAUUUGCAGUUAAGGUAAGAAAUAAUGCAGUCGUACGUUGUAGAGGUGGAAAAGGCUAAAGAAGCUGCCAAUGGCAGGCCUUCUGCAGGUCCUGUAUACCGCUCUGUUUAUUGUAAGGACGGAUUUCCUGCUCCUGUCGCAGGCAUCGAGAGCUGCUGGGAUAUUUUCAAUCAUGCUGUGCAAAAGCAUCCACAUAAUCCGAUGCUAGGACAGCGUGAGACCAUAAAUGGAAAGGCAGGUCAAUACAAAUGGCUCACAUACCAGGAAGUUUACAACAUGGUUCUAAAAAUUGGGUCUGCUCUUCGGAGCUGUGGCAUUGAGCAUGGAGGACGUUGCGGUAUUUAUGGAGUAAACUGUCCUGAAUGGAUUGUUAGCAUGGAGGCUUGUAAUGCCCAUGGCAUUUAUUGUGUUCCUCUAUAUGAUACUCUUGGUGCGGAUGCAGUUGAGUUCAUCAUUCAUCAUGCUGAAGUCUCAAUUGCCAUUGUCCAAGAGGCAAAAAUUCCUGUGAUCUUAAAAAGUUUGCCAGCAUGUGUCGACCGUUUAAAGACACUUGUGAGCUUUGGUAACAUCUCAGAUGCACAGAGAGAAGAAGCUGAAAAGCAUGGAGCGAAAUUAUACAGUUGGAAAGAUUUUCUUUCACUAGGUGAGAAAAAGAGUUUUACUCUCUCAGCACCAAAAAAGACUGAUAUCUGCACAAUAAUGUACACCAGUGGCACAACCGGAGAACCCAAAGGUGUACUGAUAACAAAUGAGAACAUUGUCACUCUCGUUACUGGAAUUAAUCAUUUACUUCAAUGUCAAGAUGAAGAGCUUUCUGAGAAGGAUGUUUAUAUCUCAUAUCUUCCUCUAGCACAUAUUUUUGAUCGGGUUCUUGAAGAAUAUUUCAUAUCAAAGAGUGCUUCAAUAGGUUUCUACCGAGGGGAUGCCAAGCUUUUGGUUGAGGAUAUUGCAGAGUUGAAGCCAACUGUUUUCUGUGGUGUUCCACGUGUCUUUGAUCGCAUAUAUUCAGGGUUAAACCAGAAGAUAUCUACUGGAGGUUUUUUGAGCAGAAAGGUGUUUGAGCUUGCAUAUAAAUACAAGCUCAAUAACAUGCGGAAGGGAUGGAAACAUGAGAAAGCUGCUACAAUUGCUGAUAAAAUUGUUUUUAGCAAGGUAAAACAAGCUCUCGGAGGACGUGUCCGUGUAAUCCUAUCAGGAGCAGCACCACUUGCAAGACAUGUUGAAGAAUUUUUACGUGUAGUUGCCUGUUGCCAUGUAGUUCAGGGCUAUGGCUUGACAGAAACUUGUGCCGGAAGUUUUGUUUCAAUUCCAAAUGUCAUGUCAAUGAUGGGUACAGUUGGUCCACCUGCACCAAAUGUUGAGGCCUGCCUUGAGUCUGUCCCGGAUAUGGGAUAUGAUGCACUUUCACAAGUGCCACGUGGAGAGGUCUGCAUACGAGGCAAAACCUUGUUUUCUGGUUAUUACAAGCGUGACGACCUUACAAAUGAGGUUUUGGUCGAUGGGUGGUUUCAUACAGGUGAUGUUGGGGAGUGGCAGCCAGAUGGAGCACUGAAAAUCAUUGACAGAAAGAAAAAUAUAUUUAAGCUUUCACAAGGAGAAUAUAUUGCAGUGGAAAAUCUUGAGAAUGUUUAUGGACUGUGCUCUCUUAUUGAUUCGAUAUGGGUUUAUGGGAAUAGUUUCGAGUCUUAUCUUGUUGCUAUUGUUACACCCAAUCAACAAGCACUUGAGAAUUGGGCUACAGCUAAUGGAGAGACUGGAGAUUUUGCUGCAUUGUGCCAAAAUCCCAAGGCAAAGGCACACAUUUUGGAAGAACUGAAUGCAGUAGCUAAAAACAGCAAGCUGAAAGGAUUUGAGUUUUUGAAAGCUAUACACCUUGAUCCUCUGCCAUUUGAUAUGGAAAGAGAUUUGCUUACUCCAACAUUUAAAAAGAAGCGGCCACAACUACUGAAAUAUUAUAAGGAAAUUAUUGAUGAUCUAUACAAAAGCCUUAAGUAAGCUCCAGAGGAACAAAUGUGAGGGAUUGGAAUGCAUCCUGAAAUUGCUGCCCGUAAGGAUUGGAUAGAUGUAUUCUUUAGUCUACUGUGCUUGGAAAUGUUAUUUUCAUAUUGCUGAAUCAAAGGUGGGUAUAUAUGCUGAUUAAGAAAAAAGACUAAGCUACUCUUUUAGAUCUGCCAGUCUGCCAGAUAUGGCUCUGUAGCAACUUCAUCACUUCGUUCCUUCUCAAGCAUUUCUCCCACUGGCUUUGUAAAUGUUUAUUAUUUUCAUGGAAAAGUGAAAACUAUCCCUUCUACUUUCAUAAUGAUGAUAUAUAGAGUUGUAGAUUGCCCAUGAUUUGUAUAUUUUAUCCAUGUGACAGAAAUAGCAAUGAAAUAUUGUAUUGA